AUGUCAGCUGGACCCUCUUCUUCGGGUCCACCGUCUCAAAAACGACGUCUCGAUUGCUCAUUGUCCAAUUCUCUAGAAGAUUCUUCGGCCAUCAAGAAGCUAUUUGACUUCUCGAAGAACGACACGGAUUUGUAUGAUGGAAUUGUGAAAGUCGAGGGACAACUGUUCUAUGUUAUGAAAGGGCACCUGGCUCGCCACUCCGACUUCUUCCGCGGGCUCUUCUUCACCAACUUCGUCGAGUCCCGAGAGAAAAUUGUGGAGCUCAAAGAGAUUUCCGCCGAGUCUUUCCAGAUUUUUCUGGAAUUGAUUUCUGGUGGCAAUGGGUUGACUGACUCCAAUGUCGAGGGAGUGCUGAAAAUCUCGGGGGUCUGGUUCGCUUCACUUCCAUUUGAAAAAUGCCAAAGAUUUGUUAUUGAGAGAUCGAGCUUCAAUAAAAAGGAGAAGCUGGUCCUGGCCGAUAAAUACAACUUGGAACCUCUGAAGAAACUUCUGUUCGAUGACGUGAAGACAAUUACGGACCUCGACAUCCUUCUACCGGACACUGAAGCUGAAAUCAAUGGAUUUUCGGCGGAUACACACUCGCGGAUCACCAAGAAGAGCUUGGAAUUCUUGAAGAUUGCUAGGCCACGUCAAAUGAUUAUGCCGACGCAGAUUUUCAUGCGGGAUUACAGACUGCAAGAUGUGACAUCGUGGAUUAGGGAGCGACAAGAAGCCGAGAGUCAGAAUCAGAAUAAUCAGAAUAAUCGACAAAAUUAG